AUGGCGGCCAUUGCGACGAUCGUCAGCAGCUUCUCGCUCAUCUUCGGGGGGUGCUGCGCCAAUGUGUAUUGCCUCGAGGCAAUCGUAAAACAAGAGCCUGACAGCGGGCUGCUCAUUACGCUCUUUCAAUUUGUCUUUACUUGCCUAUCUACGUUGCACUACCAGUUCGAUCCGAAUGGCCGCUACUACAUGAGAAGCUCGCCAGUGCCUUUCCGGAAGUGGUGCGUCAGCGCAGCUUUGUUCUUCACGGUCAACAUGAUGAACAACUGGGCAUUCGCGUUCAACAUAUCCGUGCCGGUGCACAUCAUUCUCAGGAGCUUUGGCAGUGUAACCACCAUGGCUGCUGGUUGGCUUCGUGGCAAGAAAUAUAGCCCUUUGCAGAUCUUCUCGGUCGCCAUCUUGACGUUGGGCGUCAUGGUUUCUGCUUGGGCAGAUGCUCAGUCAAAGGGCAAGAAAUUGGACACGUCAACCUCUGGCAUGUCCAAUUCUUCGCUCGAGGCUGGGCUCCUGGUCCUACUCAUCGCACAGCUGCUUUCAGCGUUCAUGGGAGCCUACGUCGAGGACAUCUACCGAGACCACGGAAACGACUGGAAGGCGAACCUCUUCUAUUCGCAUCUGCUGUCUAUCCCGUUCUUUGCUGGAUUUGCACCGGUUUUGAAGCAGCAAUUCAAUCGUCUGCAGGCAUCGCAGUCGUUCCAAAUACCGCCUAAAGUUGCUGCCACGCUCCCGCCAGUGCUCAACCAAGCCCUGGCCUCGACAUCGCAGCACGUCGUAUAUCUCACGGCCAACGCACUGACUCAAUUACUGUGCAUCACAGGGGUCAGCAUGCUCAGUGCAAACACCUCGGCUGUCACCGUCACGAUUGUGCUGAACAUUAGGAAGCUGGUGAGCUUCUUGCUGAGCAUCUGGAUAUUCGGAAACCACAUGGGCGGAUUGAUGAAGGUUGGCGCUGCGAUGGUAUUUGGAGCCGGAGCAUUGUAUGGAUGGGAGACUUCGUACCGCAUCCCGCAGCAGAGAAAGUCCAAGGCAGAGAAGCAGAAAAAGGGCCACCUCCAGCCCACCAUGUCCUCGUCACCCGCUGGCAGCGUCCGCCAGCGAGCAGGCAAAGACAAGAAGCGACCCGUGUCUCCAAACCCAGAAGCACUGUCCGAGAAGAUGUCCAAUGUCGUCGAGAAGGUCAAGCCGUACAAGCCGCAGUCGCAGGGCAGCGAAUGGGACUACAGGCUUGCCAUCACCGUCAUGACCGCCCUCGCCUUCGUCACGCGCUUUUGGGGCAUCAGGCAUCCUGACCAGGUUGUCUUUGACGAGGUGCAUUUUGGAAAGUUCGCUUCGUACUACCUGCAACGCACCUACUUCUUCGAUGUCCACCCUCCCUUCGGAAAGCUACUCUUUGCUUUCGCUGGCUGGCUCGUCGGAUACAAGGGCGACUUUCUCUUCGAGAACAUUGGCGACUCGUACAUUACCAACAAGGUCCCGUAUGUCGCAUACCGUGCUAUGCCCGCAUCGCUCGGCGCCCUUACGGUUCCCAUUGUCUUUAUGAUCAUGUGGGAGUCUGGUUACUCGCUGCCUGCCUGCGUCACCGCUGCCGGGCUUAUGCUCUUCGAUAACGCCCACAUUGGCCAGACGCGCUUGAUCCUUCUCGAUGCCUCCCUUAUCUUCUUCAUGGCUCUUUCUGUGCUAUCCUACAUUCGCUUCUACAAGGAAAGACAUGUGCCUUUUGGCCGAAAAUGGUGGAAGUGGCUCCUUCUGACGGGUAUCAGCUUGAGCUGCGUCAUCUCCAUCAAAUAUGUCGGUGUUUUCACUUUCUUCUCCAUUGGUGUCCCGGUCUUGAUUGAUCUUUGGGACUUGAUGGAUGUCAACCGACGACAGGGCGCAUUGACUAUGGCCGAGUUUGGCAGGCACUUCGCUGCUCGUGCUGUUGGCCUGGUCAUUGUUCCCUUCUUCCUCUACCUCUUCUGGUUCCAGGUGCACUUCACAAUCCUUACUCGUUCUGGACCUGGCGACGACUUCAUGACCCCGGAGUUUCAGGAAACUUUGAGCGACAACAUGAUGAGCCUCCAGUCUGUCGGUAUUAACUACUACGACGCCAUCACGAUCCGCCACAAGGAGACAAAAGUCUACCUCCACAGCCACCCGGACCGCUACCCGCUACGAUACGAGGAUGGACGUGUUUCUUCUCAAGGACAACAGGUCACUGGUUAUCCCCACAAUGACACCAACAACCACUGGCAAAUCCUGCCUUCGCAGCCUCUGCCAAGCGAGGUCGAUGCAGCCAGCGCACGUUUCAAUGAAACGCUUUUUGAGAUCAAGGUCGAAAAGGGCAAGGGCGACUUCAGGACCAUGUCAACGCACUUUAAGCUCGUCCACGUACCGACAAAGGUUGCCAUGUGGACCCACCCCAAGCCAUUGCCAGACUGGGCCUAUAAGCAGGCUGAAAUCAAUGGCAACAAGGCGGUUCAACAGUCGAGCAACAUCUGGUAUGUCGACGACAUCCCUUCGCUCCCAGCGGAAGACGAGCGCAACAAGAAAGAACCCAGGAAGGUCAAGCACCUAAGCUUCCUAAGGAAGUGGGUCGAGCUUCAGCGCGCCAUGUUCCAUCACAACAACGCCUUGACCAGCUCCCAUCCGUACUCGUCGCAGCCCAUUUCUUGGCCGUUCCUUCUGCGCGGUGUGUCUUUCUGGACCAAGAACGACACUCGUGAGCAAAUCUACUUCGUGGGCAACCCGGUCGGGUGGUGGCUUGCUUCUUCACUUCUUGCCGUCUUUGCUGGUAUUGUUGGCGCAGACCAGCUGGCUCUCCGCCGUGGCAUGGAUGCCCUCGAUGAGCGCACCCGCUCUCGUCUUUACAACUCUACUGGCUUCUUCUGCCUCACUUGGGCCGCUCACUACAUUCCUUUCUUCAUCAUGGGACGCCAACUCUUCCUGCACCACUACCUUCCUGCACACCUGGCGUCUUGUCUCGUCACUGGUGCCCUUGUUGAAUUCGUCUUUUGUAUUGAGCCCCAAGAUCCCGAAAUGCCAGCUGCUGCCAAGGGCCAUCGCCGAACCCGUUCACGCCCAGUUCGUGAGCGUGUUGCCAGCUCGAAUCUCCUUGGUAGCUGGAUUGCUUCCGGAGUCAUUCUUGCCGCUGUUUUCUGGUGCUUCCUCUUCUUCGCGCCGCUCACAUACGGCAGUCCCGGUCUCGAAGUUCCUCAAGUCCAGGCAAGGAAGUGGCUCGGAUAUGACCUUCACUUCGCCAAAUAA